AUGCAUCGUUCCUCUAGUCACAGUAACAGCAGCGCUUUCAGUCCCAACGCAAACCCAAAUGAGGACUGGACCAAGAUCUCCGAUCUUGCAGAGCGUCGGCGCAUUCAAAACCGCAUUGCCCAACGAAACUACCGCAAGAAGCUGAAGCGAAGACUGGAGGAUCUAGAGCGCCGUGCAGCAUCUUCCGCCUCCCCAGAAGCCUCACACGCUGAGCCGGUGGCACCUCCCAAAGCUGCGCCUAACAAGGCUCGCUCGAAACAACCACGAGCCAAAGCCACCGACAACAAAGCGCACUCAGUACACGCCCCAACAGCCGAGCGCCCAGCCUCUUAUGAGUAUUACAAUAACACCACACAAGAUGAGCGCGGUAUGUUCGGACAACAAUGUACCCGCCAACUAUCCGCCUCGCCGCCACCAGUCUUCUCCUACCCACCACUACCAUCUUACGACGGCUAUCGGCCCAGCUACGGGCAAAUGCCAGUUUAUCACACCGUCCCAAGUUCAUACAGCGACAUUUCGUUCGCCGAGUAUGGUGAACCAGUUCCUAGCGUAGUCCCGAUGGUGGGCGCGCCGGGAAUAGGCCGCAAGCCAUACGACGAGGACAUGAUGAGCCCAUUCGGCAUGAGCUACGCAACAAUGGCAGGCAUCGACCUAGUACCGCAACAGCACGCAGAACAAAGCCUUCCGGUGCCCUCGCUUUCUUACGGUUAUACACAUGGUCCUGCCCAUAGUCAAGAACAUGAUCAUCGUGCAGCUUCGACUUCGACGGCUUCGCCUGAAGCUUCGAUCUUUACGUUUCCCUUGACUCCCGAGUCACCCCCAUGUUCGCCGCGCUCGAUGCAUGGUCUAUUCGAGUAUGAUCUGCGACAAUGA